CAAAACGCAUAACACAUUCAAGAGCAGAGAUUAAAAACCAUCUCAGAGGAUGAAUGUUAUCAACAAAAUGGGGUUUUCUCUGACUGUGCUCCUCCUGGCUGCAUGGGGCUGUCUGGCAGAAGUGUCUUACAAUGAAGAAAGAAUGACACGCUCUGCAUCAGCCUCCAGUUUCCCAUCACUCCGUUCCAGGCGAAUGAUUAGGGGGAAGCAGGCCCCUCAUGUCCCCUGGCAGGCCAUGGUGUAUCUCUCUGACACUGUGGUGGACGGAGGCUAUGCAGGUGGUGCUCUCAUCUCUGACCGCUGGGUUUUGACGGCUGGAAGGAACGUUUUUGUCAGGAAGAGUCGGCAGGACAUUCAGGGAAAGGCUCCCGUAAUCCCAAAAGUGUACCUGGGAAUCUUGCGACGGGACGAAGCUGAUGCGACAAAAGAGGUCGAAGUGGAGAGGAUUGUUCUCCAUCCAGGCUUCCAGAACCAUUCUGACUGGGACAACGACCUGGCUCUGAUCCAGCUGAAGAAGCCCGUCGUUAUGAGCGAUAAAGUGACCCCCAUCCCCCUUCCUGAGGCAGGUCAGGACCUGGCCGACGCCGUAGGCGGGUUAGGGGUCAUCACGGGUUGGGGCUGGGGGAUGUUCCUCUCCUCUGCUACGUCGCUCAAACACCUCACACUCGCACUGGCCGAUCAUUCUGCAUGUAGAAGAGAAUAUGACGGAAUGAGUUUAACACCAGAUGUAGACGACAACAUGUUCUGCACAGGACCUGCAAGGUAUGAGGAAAAUGUUUGUUUUGGUGAUGCAGGAGGCGCUCUGGCUGUCACAGACGCCGCAACUGGAGACAUUUACGCUGCAGGGAUCCUUUCCUAUGACAAAUCCUGCAGCAGGUACCCGUACGGAGUCUAUAUGAAGCUUUCCUCAUAUUUGCCCUGGAUCCACAGUGUCAUCAGGGGAGACACAGAGAACUCGUUCUCUCUGCGCACUAACGCAAUGUCUAAGAUGUUCUUGCAGCCGUAGAGCUUCGGCCUCUGUUCUCUUGAUUUUGCUGAGAAAAUCAUUGUAUUGUAUUGACUCAGUGAAUUUUAUUAAACGUUUUCAGUGUAACAAAGAA